AAUUGAAAUUGGAUUUUCUUUUCGUUGGUCUUUUUUUUAAUAACGAACAUACAUGCACCUUAAUAUUCAGUCAUUUAAAAAAAAUUCAAGAUGUUGAGUUUAUAUUAAAAGAUCAAACCAAAUUCAGUGAAUUGGUCUGCCUCCAAGUCAAUAUUUGAAUUCUCUCUCUAUUACUAGGGACACUUAUAAAUAUAACAAUUAAAUCCAAUAUAUUUAUAUAUAUAAUACAAUAUAUAUAUUUUUUAAAAUAUCAAAAAUUAGAUCCAACUCUUAAGGUCUAUCAACUUAAAUUAGUCUAUCACUAAUAGUGACAAAGUCUAUCACUGAUAGAUUUUGCUAUAUUUGUAAUUCUUUAAAAAUAUUGUUAUACACUUAAUUAUUAACCAUAUAUAUGUUACCCAUUAUAAUUAUUCCUUUUUCUAAUGCUCUAUCCUUAUAAUGAAAAGCCUCCAAAUUGGGAGUGAUACAAGCUUUUAAUAUUUUAAUCAUCCUAUUUGCUAAAAAUAUUUUUUUAAAGUUAAAUUACAAAUUAGAUUCAAUAGUUUGGAGAGAGUUAAAAUUUAGUCACAGAAACCAUCCUCAAGGAUUAUAAGACUUAAGCCAUAGAGGCAUAUUAUUAGUUCACAAACCACCCUCUACAUUAGAAAUAGUCCACCCAGCUAACUUGUGAGCCACCAUAUUACAAGAACUAGAAAUGGAUUGAAAUCCCAAAAUAUGAAUUCAAAUAAUCCAAUCUUUGAUCUCUUCCAAAAUAACCCCAAAUUGAGAACGAGUCAUAGAUUUCUCAUGAAUGACCUUAACAAAAGUUUGGGAAUCAAAUUUAACCCAUUCAUUUGAGAAGCCCAUUUCACCUACUAAUUUAAGCUUAAACAGGAGGCCGCAACAUCUAUUGAGAUGUCUUGAAAAUUCGAAGCAACCAUCAUAGCCAUUCCUUAAAAAUCACGAAAUAUUACUCUUAACCCCGUUCUAACAUCUAUGUCUAGUAAUUUCAAUGGUUUGAUAAAACCCUUAUACAUAGUCUACAUAUAAUAUGAAAGUUUUUAUCAAAUCAUGGUAAAUUCUAACCUAUAAUCAUAAGAAAUAAAUUUAUAAUUUAAUCGAUUAUUUGUAUGUACGUGUUUGUUUGGUUAACUUGUUGGACAAUGCAAAAAAGAAGUGAAAAAAAGUCGUAUCUACUUCGGUGCCUGUCCUUCUCCAAUCUCCACAUUCCUCCUUUUGUUCCUGAAAUGUAAGUCAAAUGUUUCCCAUUCUAAAGGGUUGUUUGGUAAACAAGGCUUCUACUAUUACCGUUCUACCCUUUUAUGACGUCACUACUGCAUAUACAAAACCUAAGCAGCUUUGAUUUAAUUGCCCAAGGUCUUCCCAUUCUUUUUUUCCGUUUCUUUCACCGAUUUCAUUUCAUCGCUUUGUUUAAUUCUUCGAAAAAAUUCUUUAAUAGUCCUUUGAAAUUUGACUGGAAGCCUAAAUUACAAUUUUCUAUUGUAAGAAAAUUCAGUACUUUACUCUUCCUUCAAUUAAACUUCAACAAAUGAAUUAUGAGAAAAUAACCGAACUUUAUGUUUGAAUAUUUUUUCAUACGUGCAAAACUUCUAGUCAAUUUUUUACCCACUUCUUCCAAAUUUAGAUUAAUCUUUUCCCAUUCUGCAUGACCAAACUUCUUCCAAGUCUUCUUUUUAGUGUUUUAAAUUGUAGUGGUGACCUAUAACCGACCUUUCAUGAUCAUAUUUUGCCGCCCAAGUUGACCAUUUUUUUUAUAGCCAAAGUUUCUCUUGAUUUCCUCUAUUACAAUUUCAUCCAAAUAUUGGAAGCAACGUACAUCUUAUGCCACAAAAUUCUCAAAAAGCAAUCUUGUGAUCUUUCCCAUUUGGCCCACCUCCAAGUCUUCUGAAUGACUUCUAAACUUUGCUUUUGCUUAAACCAUGAUUUGUCUUUUCUCUUCCUUUUUCCAAACAUCAUUCACAAAACCAAAACACAAAGAUUUCAAGAACUUAAAACAAGAAACAACCCCCCCAAAUCUAAUUCAAACAGGGUUGGUUUAACUCACCAAACACACUGGAAAUUUCCUUCACAAAACCUCCCUCCAUUUUCCCAACUUUCUUCUUCUUCUUCUUCUUCUUCUGGUAUAUUCUUACUUCAUUCUAUUCAUUCCAUAUAUGGAUUUCAAGAGAACCCCUUUUCUUAUUAUCAUCUUCUUCAUCAUCUUUACUCGCCAAACUCUGUCCUUAGACCAAAAGUUUGAAGCUUGUGCUCCAAAAUCCUGUGGGAAAGGUCCAAAUAUAAGCUAUCCUUUCUGGAUAGCUCAUUUGCAUGGCCCCUUCUGUGGAUUCCCAAGCUUGGAUAUUGCCUGCAAAGAUGAAAACCCAGUUAUCAGAAUUUCAAAUGAUGAUUAUAUUAUCAGAGAAAUUUCCUACCAAAACCAUUCUUUUCUUUUGACAAAUGCUGCGGUUUACAAUGUGAAUUGCCCAACUCCUCUUCAUAAUUUCAGCCUCCACCGAACCCCAUUCACUUACAGUUCGGAUCAUAUUGGUUUCUUCUUCUUCUACAACUGUACUUCCCUUCCUCCCAACUAUAGCUACCCAAUUGACUGUUCAAGCACAAGCAAACUCCAUUCUUUUGCUGCUUUCCAUGAUGGAUUUUUGGAGUUUAUGAACUUCUCUUCCAAUUCUUGUCAAUCCUCUGUUGAGGUGCCUGUAGACGUUAGUAAUGAGGAUGAUGAUUUUUCUGGGUUGUUGAGGAAGAGUUAUUCUGGUGUCUUGAAGAUGGGAUUCAGUUUAAAUUGGAAUGCCCAAAAUUGUAGCAACUGUGAGACAAGUGGUGGUCGUUGUGGGUUCGAAAGGAACCAGUUUGUUUGCUUUUGUCCUGAUGGACCUCAUCUAAAAACCUGCCAAGAGGGAGAAAGUAAAAAAUGGAAAAAGGCCGUCAUAGGUGUUUGCAUUGGUAUUGGAGGUAUGCUGUUAAUGAGUGUAGCCUUUUUCAUCUGGUUUUGUUUGCACAAAAAGAAGCUUGCUCGUUCUUAUACUCCCUCCUCCUUUCUCCUACGAAACAUUUCUUGUGAACCUUCAACAAAGGAACUUGAGAAAGGAGAAAAUGACAUGGGGCUACCUUUGUUCUCUUAUGAAGAGCUGGAAAAAGCCACAGACAGAUUUAAUCCAGCCAAAGAACUUGGAGAUGGUGGCUUUGGCACCGUCUACUAUGGCAAACUUCCAGAUGGGCGUGAGGUUGCAGUGAAACGAUUGUUUGAAAAUAACUACCGACGAGUUGAGCAUUUCAUGAAUGAAGUUGAGAUCCUUACUCGUUUGCGUCACCCACAUCUAGUCACCCUUUAUGGAUGCACCUCUCGACAUUGCCGUGAACUCUUGCUGGUUUAUGAAUUCAUUCCAAAUGGUACUGUUGCCGAUCAUCUUCAUGGCAACCGAGCAAAACCUGGUGAGCUUCCAUGGCAUACAAGGUUGAAGAUUGCCAUAGACACAGCAAGUGCUCUGGCUUUUCUUCAUGCUUCUGAGACCAUCCACCGUGACGUUAAAACCACCAACAUUCUCCUUGACAACAACUACAAUGUUAAAGUCGCUGAUUUUGGACUAUCUCGCCUUUUUCCUACCCAAGCCACCCAUGUUUCAACUGCUCCACAAGGAACACCAGGCUACGUGGAUCCAGAGUAUCACGAAUGUUAUCAACUUACAAAUAAAAGCGAUGUCUUUAGCUUUGGAGUAGUAUUGGUUGAGCUGAUAUCUUCAAAGCCUGCAGUUGAUAUCACUAGGCACAGACAUGAGAUUAACUUGUGGACAAUGGCGAUCAACAAGAUUCGAAAUGACGAAUUACAUGACUUUGUAGAUUCAUCUCUUGGAUUUGAAACGGAUGAAACUGUAAGAGAUAUGAUAUGUGCAGUUGCAGAGUUGGCAUUUCGAUGCUUGCAAAGUGUGAAGGAUACAAGGCCGUCGAUGUUGGAGGCUCUGGAAAUUCUUAAGAACAUAGAGAGUCGAAGUAGUGGCAGAGGAAAAGAAGACAUAGAUAUUUCAGGAGAAGAUGAUAUGCUGCUGAAGGAUGGUUUAGUGCCAGAGUCCCCAGAUUCUGUUGUCGUACCUUGGAUGAGCAAAUCUUCAACACCAAAUGGCAGUGGCUAAGUUUGUGCUUUAUGGGUUCAUGGUAAAAUAGCACUGCCUAGUCUUUUUUGUUCUUCCACCCAUUAUUAUAAGCUUCCUCAACCCUUUUUAGGUUGAGUCAGAUGUACAUAUUUGAGAUUGAAUGUAAAGCUCGCGUUGUUAUUCUCCAUCCACUUCUUCCCUCGUUUGACUGCUCAUGAUAGAAGUAAAAGAAGAAAAUUAUGCAGGAAAGAAAUAUGUUGAUAAUGUCCAAGUUUACACUAUAAUAAUAAAGAUUGUAAUGAAUGAAAGAACAGA